GACUCCUGACUCCUGAGGCUGCAGCCAGCCUGCAGCGUCACGCCCGCGGUGUGGCACGCGCAGGAAAGAACGGUGGUCGCCCCGCACCGUUCUGGUCAGCCACAUGAAAAUUGAAAUGUGGUAAUUCUAAAAGGUCACUGGUAUCAUCUUCCUGCGGCUAUUAUCCUUUUCCAGAGCCUCAGAGGUUGAGGCGACUGCGUGUGUAGGGUCGAAGAGGAGCUCCUUUGGGAGACACGCAGCUCAAAAUGGAGCCGCACGCAUGGUUCUCUGCUGCCCUUCUUUGUCUCCUUUUGCUCUGCCAACUUUGUUCAGGCCAGUUCGUAACAGCCCCCGCGGCCGCCCCCGGCCCAGCCUCUGUUGCUCCUCCAGCUACUCUUUCUGGGGGCGCGUUAACCCUGCCCAAGGUGCAGCAGUUAACACCCGGAGUGUUAUCAACAGUGCAGAACGUCACUUUCAACACACUUAGCUUCUUCUACUUUGUGCUCCCUAACGCGACAGUGGACAUCAGCGUCAAGUUGAUUCAAUACCAGGGGGACGCGGAUUUGUACAUCGUGGAGCCGCAAAACCCAACGCCGUUCUCAAACAACGGCUUUGAGCAAAAUGGGUGGGCCUCGACCACAGCUCAGAAUGAGUCCAUCUUCAUCCCGCGCUCCGACCCGUUCUACUCAACCGGGUCGUACUCGGUCGGAGUCCAGGGCUACGCAAAGGGGGUCUCGCAGUUCCAGCUGCUCGUGACGUUCACCGCUCAGAGCCGCGUGCUAGUGGCCGCUCAGAAGGCAGCUCUUCAGAGCAUGUUAACCACGUGCUGUGCGAAUGUAACGGCAGGCGCGUGCGAAAAUUUCCUCGCAGUGGGGGGGAUCGAUCUCACGGGCGUGAUUGCGACUGAGCUGUGCGAGGUGCCGGGGUGGGAGUGCACGAUUGACGGGCAGCUCGAGGUUGCCGACUUCUCCCAAUACGGGCUUACGUGCCCGUUCCCCUGGUCGAUUCUGGAGAGCCUGCCGUCACUUGAGGUCCUUCGGCUCAGCAACAAUAGCUUGUCUGGCACUGUGGAUUGGCUUCAGCUGGCUAGGCUUCCCAACCUCCAGGUCCUGACUCUCGACCUGAACCAGUUCACGGGUACCGUAACCUGCGACCUCGCAACCCCCGGCACGCCCCUCCUGGAGUUCAACGUUGCUACAAACAAUUUCAAUGGGACCCUGCCGGCCUGCUACGCACAGAAACCGGAGAUGCGGGUCCUUUGGUAUAACAACAACAUGUUUACGGGACCUCUGCCGGCCACGAUUCCCGCCAACUCCGAGCUCCGGAGCUUCCACGCGGCGAAUGCUGGCGUCACCGGCACGCUCACUGCGGACUUUGGGCUCCCAACCAACCUGCAAGUGCUGGAGCUAUCGCAGAACUACAUCACGGGGACCAUUCCAGAUGGGAUUGUCGGGCCGCGCUUGGACUCGCUUCUCUUGAACAACAACCGUUUGACGGGUCCGGUCCCCACGUCCCUGACCACAUCUCCUCAACUCCGCACGCUGUUCCUAAACAACAACCAGCUGACAGGUGGCAUCGCCGACUUCGCAAACGCGCCGGUUCUCCAGCAAAUGUACCUGGAAGUGAACAACUUCACCGGCGCCUUCCCCCAAGUCUGGAACACGCCCAACCUCAUCUCUCUCGAGGCCAGCAACAACUUCCUCUCCGGGGGGAUCCCCCUCAGCCUGCUGACGCUGCCCAACCUGUUUGCAUUCGCGGCCGCGAACAACCUCCUGAGCGGUUCGCUCCCGGAUCUGGGCACCGCAACUAGCGCGGUGAGAAUUUUCAACGUGACGAGCAACCAGCUGACGGGGCCCAUCCCGGCGACCUACUCGACGCUGCCCGUGUUCGACACGCGCUCCGCGAAGCUGGACCCGAACACGGGGAACAUUCUUUCUCAGAUCUUCGACGCCAGCUACAACAUCCUCAGCGGCACCGUCCCGUCUUUCUUCGAGGCGACCCGCCUCCCCGCCUGGACCUUCGUCGACCUCGCAGGGAACCAGCUGACGUGCAACGGCACCAGCACCAAAAUUGCAAACGUCGCGUGCGGGGUGCCUGCGGGCGUAUCCACCGGGGGAUCCCCCGGCCCCUACGCAAACAAGGGCCCUGCCUCGAGCGCGGGCGCCCCGGUCCCCACUCCCGUGCCCGGUGUUGUCGGCAUCAACCCCGUUGUCGAAACGCCGAGCCCCUCGACGGCGGCGGCCGCGGCCGCGGCCUUGGCUGGUGGAUCGACGACUUCUAGUGCAGUCCCUGUGGUAAAUAGUGACGGCGGGGGGAGUAGCGGGCUUUCCACGGGGGCGAUUGUCGGAAUUGUGGUCGGGAUCCUAGUGGGCGUAAUUGCGGUCGUGGCGUUGGCCGUGUUUGCGGUGGCGCGUGUCACGCGCCAGCGGCGCGAGUCCGUGUCGGCCAAGAGCUUCAAGCGGUUUGCGUCCAUGGACGCGGAGCCGGUGUGAUAACGUGCUAGCUAGAAAGUCGAAAUCGAUUUAGUACAGCUUGAAGUUUUUGACUAAUCUUCGAGGAUGGGCCUCAUGGUCAAUGAUGCAUUGCUAGCGAGCUGCUAGCUGCAUGUGCAAUCGGGUUCAAGGACCACAAGAAGGAGGACCACGAGUUUUCUUAACCUUAAUUUAGCCACGUGUCCAUGUCAAAGGAAAACAAACUAGGUAUACAGUCGUACAUAGUUCUCCGGCCAUGAGCUCAUGUGCAAGGAUCGAACGUCAAGUCGCUGGUUUACUCUCGUCUACGCCUUCGAGUGCGGACUACGCUUGAUUUUCCGGACACCCAAGAGGCAUGAGGACAGGCUAGCAAGUCAAUAAUCAGUUCUAGUCAUUCUGGUUUCGAUGGUAACUUCUCACUUGGAUCCGCUACAAGUGACGAUGAUCCAUGAUGAUGUCCUCAAAUCACAGCCGGUGAGGUGGCCGUUUGUUUGUACAAAUUGUGCAUAUGGGGAG